UAUUUCAAAAUAAGCUGCAAUGAAUUACACAUAAUAUUCCAGCCCCGUCAAAGAGGCAAGAUGGCGUCAUGGGACGACAAGGACGACACCAAGUCUCGCUUCUCACAAUACUCGAUGUCGUCAAGCGUGAUCCGCCGCAACCAGGGCCUGUCGCUGCUGGAUAACCGGUUUGAAAGGAUGUUCGCGGAAUACGACGACACAGAGCUUGGUGCUUUAGACCUGGAAGAGAUCGAAGGCUUUAUGCCUGACACCCAUGAUAUGCUGCUGCGAGCUGCGGAGGACUUCGACCAGUCCCGGAAGCGGUACCAGCUCGAUAAGGAGAAGGAGAUAGCCAGGAUACAAAGGCUACAAGAAAUAUCAGAGGAGUCCGAAGACGACCUGGUGACUAUGGAAGUGGAGCCCAAAGAGAAGUGGGACUGCGAGACUAUUCUAUCAACUUACUCCAAUUUGUACAACCAUCCUAAACUCAUUGAGGAACCUAAGAAGCCCAAAAAGAUCCGAAUCAACGUAAAGACGGGCAUGCCCAAAGACGUACUUGGCAACGACAACAAACUCACAAUCAAGUCUUUGGCCAAGUUCAACGCACAGAACGAAGAUACAGACAGCGCUAGUGAUGACGAUGGAAGAACGCACGCGGAAUCCGUGCUUAGCACUUUGAGCGUACUGUCUAUAAGACCCAAAGACGAAAGCGCAGAAGAGAAGAAAGAAAGAAAGCGCCUCCUCAAAGAAUACAGAAAGGAAAGACGGAUAGAGAAGAAGGCGAACAAAGAAGCGUUCAAAGAAGAAAAGAAACGCCAGGAGAAGAUUAUGAUGAACAACAGAAAUAACAUUCAAGGGAAUAAAAUAUGUUAAAACUGU